AUGAACACUUGGGACAGUAGUGACAUCAAAGGUGAAAAAGAGGUAGACAAGAAUAAGAUUAUUAAUACAAUGUUUAUCUUUACAAUUAAACGUGAUGGCAGAAAGAAAUGUCGCUGCGUUGCUAGAGAUCACCAACAAAAACUAGGAACGUUCAAUGAAGAUGCAACGUCCAGUACUGUUCACCAUUAUGCUUUAAUGACAUUUUUGGCUUUGGCAUUAGACAAGGGACAAUAUGUAACUCAACCAGACAUAUCCUCCGCUCAUCUAUAUGCAACGCUUGAGGAAGAAUUAUACAUUAGAAUACCUCCACAUAUGCAUAUGCCGGGAAAGGCCAUGAAGCUGAACAAAUCCCUUUAUGGAUUAAAGCAGAGUGGUGUACAGUUAAUCAACGACAUUCCUGAACAUACUACUAUUGAUCCUGUAACGGACAAUUCCGAUGCUCAAGAGCUCAAGACUGAUAACUCAAGUUCUCCGAACAAUUUCGAUAAUACACGUUCAGACGUAAGCACCGUUGAUUUAAUAGAAAACCAACUAUUAGAUCCUCUGAAUCUUCUCCAGUUACUAAAAUUUCCUCUGAAGAACGUUUUUUCUUUGGCUUGGAAUUGUAUGGUGCAAGAGAUGACAUCUCCUUCCCAUCUACCAUGUCUUGGAUUUUGUUCUUUCCCUUACCACCCUUUUCUGUACCACCCAAAUUGGAUAAGUAUUGAGGAUUUAAUAGUUGGUUUUCUAUUAACUCAACGGUGA